AUGGAGUUUCCUCACGAUGCAGAGCACCUCGAAAUCCAAAAGAGACAUCUCGGUGACAAAAGCUCAGCAUCCCAGCCCAAACGUAUCAUCAUCUGCUGUGAUGGUACCUGGCAGUCGGCGGUCUCAGGAGAAAAGAAUGUGCCCUCUAAUGUCACCCGUCUCUGUCGUGCUAUAACCCCCGUCGGGACUGAUACCAGUGGGAAGAAAUGGCAGCAGACUGUAUGGUACGAUUCCGGAGUUGGCACCACUUCCCUCGCCCUCGGUACGGCCAUUGAGGGUGCUACGGGGCAAGGGUUGGAGGGAAAUGUUAUUGAGGCAUACAACUUCUGCGUCUUGAACUAUAAUGUUGGCGACCAGAUCAUGAUCUUUGGAUUUUCGCGCGGCGCUUAUACUGCCCGUACCAUUGCUGGUGUCAUCACGGAUAUCGGACUUUGCAAGAAAAAGGACCUCAACAAGUUCCCUGAACUUUGGACGCUAUACAAGGCCUUCAAAGUCAAUCCUCAAAAUCAAGGCAAGCGAUUCUUCCACAGCGAGCAAUGGUUCAAAUGGUUAUGGGGUAUGGCCGAUGUGGCCCAAGGUGCCGGUGACGACAAGAAAAAGAAUUCAUUGUCACGAAGGGAUGUGGAAUGGGCCCAGGAUGGUUCAAGAAACGUGGAGGUAGUUGGUGUUUAUGACACCGUGGGUGCUAUUGGCAUGCCGGAGAUUGGGGGGUUCAAAAUUCCCCAAUGGAUGCUUUUCUGGCAAGAGAAACCGGGCUGGCAUAAUGUCGGACUGUCAACCCAUAUCAAGCACGCCUUCCAAGCCCUUGCUAUCGAUGAAAGGCGAAAGGCGUUUGAGCCCACCAUAUUCUACGUACCCCCUAAGCCAGAAACCAAUCUGGAGAAGGAGAUGCAAGACAGGGUGAAUCAGGCAAGGGCAAACUGGCAGCAGAAAUUUGAAGAGGCACAAGAGGUGAAGAAAGGGAUCAAGGGAGAGCGUCCAACAGAUGCCGCUGUCAACAAGGCCGCCGCGCAAGCCAACGAGGCUGCGUUGGAUUGGAACACAGCCUUCCGACAGCUAAUCAACCACCGGGACAAAUUACAGCCUGCGACAAAGCUGGCGCAGGUUUGGUUUCCAGGUUACCACAUCAAUAUUGGUGGCGGCUCAACAUCUACGAUGGAGAACCGGGGUAAUAUGGAGGAAAUGUCCAACAUUGCGUAUGCCUGGAUGUUGGAUCAAGUCAAGAAACAUCUGUCACUGGACGAAGAACAAACCAUCGAAGAAUAUCAGCUACGUGAAGAAAUCUUCACCAUGAAUAACGAGAAGCGUGACGCGUGGAACAAGAUGACUGCCGAAGAAUCUUGGGGAGCAUGGGCCUGGCGCCAGUCGUCACAGAUAGCUUCGGCUGUUGUCCACCCACGCACACCUGGUCCGGAGCCACCCUUUAAAAAGCGCCGGUCUUAUGAUUGGGGGGCUGGUCCAAUGGACGAUAGCUUCACCAAGAUGUACUGGCCAAAUGGGGAACAUAUUCGCAUUCCUGGUCGUUACGCUUUCAAGAAUGGCCAGCGUAAGGACCCUCUUGGCGAAACAUUCGAAUACAUCCACCCUGUCGUUCAAUACAGAAUUGAUCGAACACAACAGAUGAAGAAGGCGGGUGAGGAUGUCAUGGAAUAUACGCCCAGGGGACCAAAAUUUAAUCGUCGAUUGGUGGUGGAUAAAGACAGCAAGAAGCCUUUUUAUGUAUGGGAUUUGGAGUAUUCCUUUGACCCCGACCCCAUCACAAUGCGCGAAUGGAGACUGGGUAGUUCGGAUUGUUACGAACGAAAAGCCAUUGUCUGUGAAGCAGCCCGCGAGUGGGUUGGAAAGAUGGACAAGACCCUCAAGACCACAACAACUGGAAUCUAA